GGAUGGAGCAUCGACGCCAUCUUUACGCCAGUGCUACCGGUGGGUCUUCGGUUCAGCCGUAGUGUUGCUGAUCCACCAACAGGACUCAGCCGAGGAGCAGCCCGAUCCCGAGAAUCUUUCCCUUUUCCACCGGGACGCUAGGAGCAGCAGUCCCCCCCCCCCUCCUACACACCCCGAGCACCAUGACAGACCGAACGGACCUAGUUUACCAGGCGAAACUCGCCGAGCAAGCGGAGAGAUACGACGAAAUGGUGGAGUCGAUGAAGAACGUGGCCAGUAUGGACGUGGAGCUGUCGGUGGAGGAGAGGAACCUGCUGUCUGUAGCGUAUAAGAACGUGAUCGGAGCCAGGAGAGCCUCCUGGAGGAUAAUCAGCAGCCUCGAACAGAAAGAAGAAAACAAAGGCGGAGAGGACAAACUAAAGAUGAUCCGAGAAUACAGGAAAACGGUUGAGAAAGAGCUGAAAUCAAUCUGCAACGACAUCCUGGAUGUACUGGACAAGCACCUCAUCUUAGCUGCAGUCACGGGAGAGUCUAAGGUUUUCUACUACAAAAUGAAGGGAGAUUACCACCGGUACCUGGCAGAGUUUGCCACAGGCAACGACAGGAAGGAGGCAGCAGAGAACAGUUUGGUUGCGUACAAAGCUGCUAGCGACAUCGCCAUGAUCGAACUCCCUCCAACGCACCCCAUUCGCCUGGGACUGGCCCUUAACUUUUCAGUUUUCUAUUAUGAAAUCCUCAACUCGCCAGACCGCGCCUGCGGCUUGGCCAAGGUGGCGUUUGACAACGCCAUUGCAGAACUGGACACGCUGAGCGAGGAGAGCUAUAAGGACUCAACACUUAUCAUGCAGUUGCUACGUGACAACUUGACACUAUGGACCUCAGACGUGCAGGGAGACGAGUCUUAAGGACCGCCCUCUUCCUUCACUCUUCCUCCAUUGUAGAAGUGUAUUUUGUGAAGAACAGAACAAAGAAGUACUGCAAGAUGCGGGGGAAGAGAACCAGUGAGACCGAACAACACGAGACAAGCCCUCCUACUACUACUCCUCCUCCUCUUCUUCCUCCUCCUCCAUUAUUUCUCUCCUCCCAGCAUUAGCUCCUUUCCCCAGCCACACUUCUCCGCUGGGUUUAUCCUGCAGCUCACUCUCUUCCGUCUCUUUCUCUCCUUUCUCCGUUUCUUACCUUCUCCUCCUCGUAUGCACGUCCUCUCCCGGGUCUCCAUCUCCACUCCUCCCCGGGGUUUUACCUUUAUUUUUUUGCAAGCCCCCUGUACCCUUUAAGGUUCCUGUCCUCUCUUUUUACGGUUUUUAUUUUCGCUUUACUUUGCUGUGUCAUCUGUUGCCAAGUACGUUCAGCCUGUGUUUGUAACACACACAUAUGCAAGAGUUUAUUUAAAGACGAUUCUUUGCUGUUUUUUUCCCGUGUAUGUGUGUUUAUGAACGGUUUUCUUGUCCAUUGCUUUAGUCGGUUUAAAACAUUUCUGUUUUGCAAAUUACGGAGGUCGAGCAGUUAUGGGAGGUUCAAAAGGGAUGCAUUUAAAGCUUUUUAGGAAGAAACUAAGUGCCCUCUUUAUCUUUACUUUGUGGUUACCGAAACCUGCUCCGUCGACACAUCAUCUGCGUUCUUUUUUUUAUUAUUAAAAACCUACAAAAAGCAGAAUGUCCCCCCCCCCGCCCCUCUCUCUCUCUUUCCCUCUCUCCGAGCUUAACUCUGACCUCUAUUCUCGUCCACUCUCGGACCAAGUAUUGUGCUGCGAGGCUGUAGAGCUUAAGCUAAUUGCAGAUAGUUAGGUAAUGGCUUUUUAGCAGACAAACCGUGCGCGUGUGUGUGUGUGUGCGUGUGUGCGCGGGAGGGGAAUGCUCAACACUCUUUGAUUGUAACGUAAUGCAGAUUUGCAUUGGCACUAUAUAAGUAAAAAAAAAAAAAAAAAAAAGGUUUGGGAAAAAGAGGCCUGCUGUAUCUUUACUCCCCUGAUUCUUUCAGGUUUUCCUCGUCUCGACUCUCUCCGUCUUCUCUCCGACUCCUCUCAUGUCCUCUCUUCCUUCUGUUCAGUAUGUGUAACGUGAAUCUGAUUUGUACUACUGGAUGUUCUCACCGGAGCCACAAGUACCAUCUGUAUUCUUACUGAAACACAGCAUGGAAUUAACAUUAAACUUCAAAUUGAGAAAUGUUAAA